AUGGGUUGCGGCGCGAGCAAACAACCCCGAGAAAUAUCUCACCAGUCCACCACGCAGGCCGUCUGCCACAACAUGAUCCUGGCACACUACUCGGACGUCGACCACCAAAUCAGACACGACCACUCCCGCAUGGAGUGGGAAGCCCUGUUCUACGUCCAGGCCAACGACGUCGCGCGACUCCUGCGCGAGGGCCUGCACAUGUCCGAGGGCAACAUCGUCCCGGGGACAGGCUGCAUCACACCGGGCGAGUGCCCCGACAGCCUCGGACAGCACGGCUGGGUCCACGGGCGCCGGUACGUCAUGAGGGGCGCCGACGGCGGCGGGUGGACGGCGCACGUCGUGGUCGGCGCCCGGGAACUGCGCGUCCUGGCCGAGUUCCGCCCGCAGCAUGUCACGAACAAGAUGGCGUACGCCCAGGCGUGGAACAGCCAGGGGCUUAUGGUCUUCCGGCACGACGCGUUCGACGCGACGCAGCAGCACCGCAACGACCAGUACGCCUUUCCGAUAAGCGAGUCUGUAAACUAG